AUGGCUUCUUGUUCAAAUGCUGCAAAGGAAGCAGAAGCUGAGAGCACAAAGGUCCCAAAUUGGCUUGAACUUCCAAGAGAUAUCACUGUAAACAUUCUUGGGAGGCUUGAUACCAUUGACAUUGUCACAAACGUAUGUCAUGUGUGUCCCUUGUGGUGGAACAUUUUCAAGGAUCCUCUCAUGUGGCGCUCCAUUCACAUGACCAAUUUCAAGCGUUCGUCCUACAUUAAUCUUUCUGAGCUGGUGCAGAUUUGUUGUUAUGCUGUUGAACGAAGUUGUGGUCGUUUGUUAGACAUUGAUAUUAAGUCUUUUGCCACGGAUGAUCUCCUUCAAUGCAUAGCUCGAAAUGGAAGUAACCUAGGAAGCAUGCGGCUUGUAACUUGCCAAAGAAUCUCAGAAAAAGGAUUUAGUGAAGCUGUAAGAAAACUUUCGAGGUUAGAGGAGUUGGAUAUUUCACUAUGCAACAACUUAUCAAAGGAUGCUCUUAAAGUAAUUGGCAUAUCUUGCCCUCUUUUAAAAUCUCUCAAAUUUGAUAGAGGGUGGUGUGCCUCAAUUCGGGGAGCUGAUGAUAGCGAGGCUCUUAUUAUUUCAGAAACAAUGGCUAGACUCUGCCGUCUUGAUAUUCAAGGAAACACGCUCACUGAUGUUGGACUGGUUGCCAUUCUUGACAAAUGUCCUCUUCUUGAGUAUCUUGACAUUCAAGAUUGUUAUAAUCUCAGUUUGAGUGAAAGUUUGAGAAAAAGAUGCAUUGAGCAAAUUAAGAAUUUACAACUUCCUAUUUUGGAUAACUUUGAAGACUUUGAUUAUGAAUAUGAUGUUAAUCGUGAUACAAAUUGGUUUUACAUGUUAGAUGAUAGUUAUUAUGAUAAUUAUGAUCCUUAA